AUGGAUAGGAGAAAUGACUCCAAUUAUAAGAUGACCCUGUUCCAGAUAGCUCAAUACAUCAUAGUCUUAACCACACUCUGGGUCAAGAGAGGGUACAGGGCUCGGAAAGUUGACACUAAGACCCAAACAACUGAAAGCCAGACUCAAGUUGACCAAAGGAUCCAGACCAAGAUGGAUACCUCUCAGACCCACAUAAGUGCCCUUGAGACUCAGGUUGCUGCUUCUGUCCAGGCCCUGGCAGAUGACUACCUGGCUCAGUUUAGUUUGGAGCCCACAACCAGGACCUGGUCCAAGAAUCUGAACAAGGGUGAGAGAGGUGAUGGCAAUUAUAGGCAUAUCCCAUGGGGCCAGAGGCCUCUGCUAUCCCAAGAUGUGACCAUUUUGCAAGAAAGGGUUAAGGACCAGACAAAGAUCCCCAUCAACCGCUCAGACAUGCUGAAGGAUGUCAUCCAAGAAUAUGAUGAAUAUUUCCCAGAGAUCAUUGAGCGAGCAAGCUAUGCUCUGGAGAAGGUGAAGGGGUAUCCUCUGGGGGAUGAGCACAAUGGGGAACUCUUGAAUGGAACAAAGGAAUCCUCUACAGGCAUACUGAGAAUGACCAAGGACACACCCAAACUAGAUCUUCUCAUGGUGAUUCUGAGUGUCAUUUUUAUGAAUGGCAACAGGGCCAAUGAGGCUGUCAUCUGGGAGGUGCUGCGUAAGUUGGGGCUAUGCCCUGGGGUAAGGCACUCACUCUUUGGGGAAGUGAGGAAGCUCAUCACAGAUGAGUUUGUGAAGCAAAAGUACCUGGAAUAUAAGAGGGUCCCCAACAGCAGACCACCUGAAUAUGAGUUCUUCUGGGGAUUGCGCUCCUACCGAGACUACUCUUUCAGCAGUUGCACUGACUUUGGUGAUACACUCAGCACCAAUCUUAACUUUGGUGGCACACACAGCACCAGUGCUGGUUUUAGCAGUGCUGUCAAUAUUAGCAGUGGCUUCAGCAGUGUACCCAGCACCAACUCUGGCUUUGGCAAUGUGUUUACUGACUUCAGUGGGGCACUUAACACCUCUAGUGACUUUGGCAGUUCUCCCAGAACCAGCAUUGGCUUUGGUGGAGCUCCCAGCACCAGCUUCUGCUUUGGGAGUAUAUCUAACACCAAUCUGUGCUUUGGUGGCCGUCCUAGCACCUGCUUUAGUGGUCCUACAAGUGCCAGUUUUGGUGAUGGACUCAGCACCAGUACCAGUUUCAACUUUGGCGAUGGGUUAAGCACCAGCACUGGAUUUCAUGGUGGGCUGAGCACCAGCUCUGGCUUCAGUGGUAGGCUGAUCUCCAGCAAUGUCUUUGGUGGUGGAUUUGGCAGAAAUGUUGGUUUUGGCAGCACACUUGGCACCAGUGCUGACUUUAGUAGUGGCAUCACCACCAGUGAUAGCUUUAGUGGUGGACCUAACACCAGCUUCAAUGGAGGAUUGAGCACCAUCAUUGGCUUUGGCAGUGGUUCCAGCACCAACACUGGCUUUACUGGCAAUCUCAGCACCAGCACCCGCUUUAUUGGCGGACCCAGUUCUACUGUUGGCUUUGGCAGUGGACUGAGCACUGAUGCUGGCUUCAACGGUGGACCAGGCAGUAGUGAUGGCUAUGGCAAUAUACUGAGCAAUGCUGCUGGCUUUGGUGGUGGAGCCACUAGCCUUGGUGCCUGUAGCUUCUCCUAUGUCUAG